AUGCAGCCUACACUAGCUCCAGCGCCGCAUCCAAGCAUGCAAACAUCUGCUCAGGACCAUGCUGAUCAAGUACUUCACGAUCAGCUUCUAGCUGCCCACCAGCACUUAUCGCUCCCGCAACAAGGGCGUCCACAGCCCUCGACUGCGCAACACCACCUGCAACCGAACACUACAAGUCCCCGAGACCAGAAUAAUAUCGACCCGGCCAUUUCGGGGGCGACUAUGCUGAGUGGGCCACCCCAGACCCCUACUCAGCAGGAUGCGACCGGCCAGGAUACUCCGAAAACCUAUGGCAAACGCCCAUUGUCCACCUCCAAGCGUGCGGCCCAGAACCGUGCUGCUCAAAGAGCCUUCCGUCAGCGCAAAGAGAGUUAUAUCCGUAAACUGGAGGAGCAAGUUAAGGAAUUCGACGCGAUGUCGCAGGAAUCCAAAGCCCUACAGGCCGAGAACUAUCAGCUCCGCGAAUACAUUAUCAACCUACAGUCUCGACUCCUAGACUCGCAGGGUGAGGUCCCCGAGCUGCCGGGAAAUAUUGAUCUGAGCCAGCCACGGGCGGAAAUCCCUGUGCCCCAGUCUGCCGCAGGCGCUGUUGGGGGACCUGCUGCUCCUGGAGCUCCAAACGCCCAGGCCGCUCAAAGCCAGGUCUCUGCCUCCAAUGACGAUAUGAACUCAUUGAAUCGGAUAGCCGUCGCCGGUCUUGGAAUGCGUAAGCAUCCCAAUGAAGAGGCGAGCUACCUGGGGAACACCUUCCAGCCUCGUCGUGGGCGGAAUGACGAUGGCCAGGCAGAUCCUUCAAACACCAAAACAGAGCCUACUCAUGGGCUGCCUCUAGUGUCAUAA